UAAUACCCAAGUAUUAUCAACUGUAUCCAACUUUCAUUCAUUCCAUCAACUGUUUUCUUCAUAAUUUUAUGGGAAAGUAUAAAUAAUAAUAAUAAUAUAAUAUUCCUCAAUCAUUAAUUUCUUUUGUGGAUAUUUUUAUCAACGUAUCAUAUCAUCUAAGUCUAGACUACUUCUAUCAAGCAAGCAGCCUUGAUUAUUACGAUUAUUACUACCACUACGAGCUUUUAAUUAAGUUUUCGUUUCUGUCUAUUAAUAACAAAUUACCUUUUUUUGGUGAGAAAAAUUCAACCAAUAUAAAAAUAAUAUAUAACAUAACAAGAAUGUAUCAAAUACAGCCUCCUCCUCCACCACCACCACAACAACAACAACAACAAUUCUACCAUCAUCAUCAAUCAGGAUCCAUCUCCAUGGUUGCCCCACCUCCUUAUCAUAGACCAAGUUCUUCAUUUGGUAUCAAUGGAAAUACAUCAAAUCAACCACCACAACCACAAACUCAUUAUUCAACUCCUCCUCCCCCUCCUCCAAAUGCGUAUUACCCUCAACCUUUAAGACAUUCAAGAUCAUUCUAUAAUACAAACACCAAUACAAAUCCAAUUCCUCAUCCUUUCAAUUCCGGUUUUAUUCCCCCUCCUCCUCAACAACAACAACCUUUACAUCAACAUCAUCAAUCAAUCAUAGCGUCUAUGGCUUCGGCUCCUCCUUAUAUGUCAUCUCCCCCUCUCAUGCUUAAAAUGCAAGAUGUUCCUGCUCCUGCUGCUGUACAAGUACCCGCACCAGUUCAAGAUGAACAAGUUAAUGGUGGAAUCAAUUCUGUAUUAGAAUAUGAUUUAAAUACUAUGGCUGCAUUUUUAAGUUGGUGUUCAUUUGGAAUGUUAAAACAAGAUAAAAACCCUACUAAGGAUUUUGAAAGUUUGAUUGUAUCUGUUUUAUUCGCUACUAGAUUACCUAAAUCAACCAUUAUUAUCGCUUUGGAAUAUAUGAAUCAACGAUUCUCAAAUGUGAAUAAUAACAAUAGCAAUGUUAGUUCUUCUGUGGGUGAUUUAACUGAACAUCAGAUUUUCAUUCAAUUGAUUGUUAGUUUAAUCUUGGCUAAUAAAUUUAAUGAUGAUAAUACUUUCACUAACAAAUCAUGGCAUGGAGCUACUGGUUUAAAAUUGGAAUUAUUAAAUAAAGAAGAAAAAGAUUGGUUGGAUGAAUGUAAAUGGAGUUUAAAUGUGGUUAAUUUCGAAUCUAAUAUCGUUACAUUACAAGAAUGUUGGAUUACAUGGUUGGAUAAAUAUGGUGAUAAACAUAAAAUUAAAGAUUUAAUUACAUCUUCUCCACCACCAAUAUCUCAAAUUCAACAAGUUCAAGUUCAACAUCAUCAACAUUUUAAUUCUUUAUCCUCGAAAAAUUCUUUUUCAAGUAUACCGUCUUCACCUAUCUAUUCAGAUCAUCCAAAUCAUUAUUAUUACCCUUCAUCAUCUUCUCCUCUGAUUACUCCUCCUACAAAGUAUAGUGAUGGUAAUUCAUUAUGGUUUGAUCAACAACAAGGUGUCCAACCUCAACCACAACAACAAAUUAAUAAUCAAUCAAUUUGGAAUAAUUUCAAUAAUACAACUCCAAGUAUCGCCUUUCAACCAAAUGUUCAAAUGCAACCUCCAUCUCAACAACAUCAACAUUCUCAAAGUGGUCAUUUCCAACCUCCUCCAUUAAUGGCAUUACCAUUACCUUCCAAUCCAUCUACUUCAAAUUCAUCCUAUCCAUUCCAUCAUAAUCCGAUUUUAAAUCAUGGUGGGUUUGUGGGAUAUGCUAAUCCUUAUUACAUGGCAUCAUGUUAAAUCAAUCAAUCAAAUCAUACACAGUGUACAUUAGUCCCCUUCCGUUAUAGAAUUGUUCUUCAAUCCGUUAUUUUACAUUUUUUUUUCUUUUUUUUCUUUUUUUUUCAUCUUUUCUUAUAUUACUUUGGUUUUUAUUUGGGUUUUUUUAAAAAAUUUAUAUUAUAUUGACAAUUCAUAACGAUAACUAUUAUUAUUACAACAAUGACAAUUCAACAGGUUAUUACUACUUGUUCAAAACUUUUUAAAAAAAGAUAAAAACUAUAUAUAUAUAAACAAAACCAAAAAAAAAAAAUCUCACACAAUUAAUAAUAA